AUGUCCUUCUUUGAGAAAAUGUCUACAGCAGAUCUGAUGGAGAAUCUCAGGGAGGAACUGACCUGCUUCAUCUGCUUGGACUAUUUCACCAGCCCAGUUACCACUGAGUGUGGGCACAGCUUUUGUCUGGUGUGUCUCCUGAGAAGCUGGGAGGAACAUAACACCCCUUUGUCAUGUCCUGAGUGCUGGAGGACCUUGGAGAUCCCGCAUUUCCAGCCCAAUGAGCGUCUGGGGAGGCUGGCUGGCAUCGGCAAGCAGCUCAGGUCCCAGGUGCUGCACAGUGAAGGCAACCAGGGCAGCUAUGAGAGGAUGCUGGCUGCCACCAGGAUGUUGUCUGAUGAGGAGCUGGGGGGCCACAACUUCUCAACCCAAGGCCCCGGAGUAAACAGAAUGAAUCUCUCCAGUGAGGCUGAGGAGCAUCACAAAGAGAAACUCCAGGAAAUACUAGACAUUUUGUGUAAAAAGAGAAAGGAAACAGAAGUUAUAUUAAACCAUGAGAAGGAGAGAGUGAUAUUGUGUAAGGAAGAAACAAAGACCUGUAAGCAGGUUGUCCUGUCAGAAUAUGCAAAAAUGCACCAGUUCCUGAAGGAGGAGGAGCAGCUGCAGCUGCAGCUGCUAGAAAUGGAGGAACGAGAGAACCUGAAGAAACUGCGGGACAAUGAGAUCAGGCUGACCCAGCAGAUGCGAAGCCUGAGCAAAAUGAUGGAACAAAUAGAGUCCACGUGUCAGAACUCGGUUAUAGAGUCUUUCGAGGAUGUGAGAGGAAUACUGGAAAGGAGUGAGCCCCUCUUGCUUCAGUGUCCGGAGGCCAUCAGCACAGGACUGACUCUGUGCCACAUCACAGGAAUGAGGGAGAUGCUAAGAAAAUUCAGCACGGAUAUAACCCUAGAUCCAGCCACAGCCAACGCCUACCUAGUCCUGUCUGAGGAUCUGAAAAGUGUGAAACAUGGAGGAAUCCGACAGCAGUUGCCUGAUAACCCUGAAAGAUUUGACCAGUCUGCCACAGUGCUGGGCACUCAGGUCUUCACCUGCGGGAGACACUACUGGGAGGUGGAAGUGGGCAACAAGACCGAGUGGGAGGUGGGCAUCUGUAAGGACUCAGUGAGCAGGAAGGGGAACCUCCCCAAGCCUCCUGGGGACCUCUUCUCACUUAUAGGCUUAAAGAUUGGCGAUGAUUAUAGUCUUUGGGUCUCAUCACCUUUGAAAGGCCAACACGUCAGAGAGCCAGUGCAUAAGGUUGGCAUUUUCUUAGACUAUGAGUCUGGACAUAUAGCGUUCUACAACGUGACAGACGAGUCCCUCAUCUACAGCUUCCCUCCAGCCUGUUUCCAAGAGGCUCUCAGGCCCAUCUUCUCCCCUUGUCUCCCAAACGAAGGGACCAACACAGGCCCUCUUGUCAUCUGCUCACUGAAUCACCAUUGCCCUGCUCACUGA